GCUUUGAGUGCGGGUGUGUGUGUGCUCUGCUCAUCUGCUUGGAGAACAGAAUGGGCAGCCCAAAUACAUUAGGAAUAUUUGCCGUUUUUGUGUUGUUACUUUAUCUGUCAACCGCCCAAGGUAACGACGUGGAGGGCAGAGCCCGUCAGUUCUUCAGCAGUGGGCAUACCAAUAAUUGGGCAGUGCUGGUGUGCACAUCCAGGUUCUGGUUUAACUACAGACAUGUAGCCAACACUCUUUCAGUGUACAGAAGUGUGAAGAGACUUGGAAUCCCAGAUAGUCACAUUGUUCUGAUGCUGGCGGAUGACAUGGCAUGUAACCAUAGAAACCCCAAACCAGCGACUGUGUUCAGCCACAAAAACAUGGAAUUGAAUGUGUAUGGUGACGACGUGGAGGUGGACUAUCGAGGAUAUGAGGUGACCGUAGAAAAUUUCCUGAGAGUUUUGACAGGGAGGCUGCCACCAAGCACCCCUCGGUCGAAGCGUCUGCUGUCAGAUGACCACAGCAACAUCUUAAUAUAUUUGACUGGUCAUGGGGGAAAUGGUUUUUUGAAGUUCCAGGACUCUGAGGAGAUCAGCAAUGUGGAACUGGCAGAUGCUUUUGAGCAGAUGUGGCAGAAACGACGGUAUCAUGAGCUGCUCUUCAUCAUAGACACCUGCCAGGGGGCCUCCAUGUAUGAGAGGUUCUACUCCCCCAACAUCAUGGCCUUGGCCAGUAGCCAGGUCGGAGAGGACUCACUCUCGCACCAGCCUGACUUGGCCAUUGGAGUUCACCUGAUGGACAGGUACACCUUUUACCUGCUGGAGUUCCUGGAGGACAUACACCCAUCCAGUCAGGCCAACAUGAAUGACCUGUUCAAAGUAUGUCCCAAGAGCCAGUGUGUGUCCACUCCAGGUCACCGUACGGACCUGUUCCAAAGGGACCCUGGCAGCGUGCUUAUCACUGACUUUUUCGGCAGUGUCCGCAAGGUGGAGAUCACCAUGACAACUAUUAAUUUGACAGCCCCUGCAGCCCCUGUUCUGAAGGAGAAGGAAGCAAGGCUCUUCACAGAGGAGCGUCCCAGUCAGACAUUCACCUAUGUGAACCAGCUGCCUGUGGCUGAGAUCAUUCACCAGAAACCCAAGCAGAAGGACUGGCACCCGCCCGACGGCUUCAUCCUGGGCCUCUGGACCCUCAUCCUGCUCGUUUUCUUCAAGACCUACGGCAUCAAACACCUCAAGCACAUCUUCUGAGAGAGAGAGAGAGAGAAGAAACUGUGUGAAGAACGAGUGGCAUGGGCUGGAGAACUGUGUGGAGAACUUCUCUUCACCCUUGCUGCUUCUGUGUCCAGUGGCGAGCACAAAGAGUCAGGUCUCUCAAGGAAAUACUUGAAUACCUUUUGGGAACUGUUCAAAUUUGUUUUUACUCUUUCGACUACAUCUCUGACUGUUGUUCCAAGUCCCACUAAACUGUAGUUAUCUUAAUACCUGUGUGUCAGCUGACAAACUGACUUUGCCCUCUGCAGCAGUGUCCUUUCAUGCAUAACUGUAGUAGUGAACUGCAAGGAGCGUACCCUUUUGCUGUGGGAUUUUAAAUGCAUUUAGAGCGCUGAGGAAAUGAAUCACUGGCCGGCGGCAUCAAAGAACACUCUUUUCUGUACGUUUUCUCUCCCAUUUUCAGACCAUACCGGUAGUGCGGCCACUGACCCUUUUGAAUAUUAUUCUUGCCAUAUAGAAAUGUCAUAGCUCCUGAGGAAGAUCCGGGAAUGGGGUUGAGUCCUGCUCUGGAAUACUGUACUACUGCAGUCUACAGAGACUUUUGCACUGUAUGUCAAAAAAAUGUACUUCUGUUCAACGUUUAAGAUAUGUAUUAUGUAGUUCAGACAGUCUGUAAUGGCUUGGGGAAUGUAACUGUUCCUACACCAGAUGGAUGCAUUUGAGCUCUGAAUUUGAGACUUUUAUUAAAUUAAGGAAUGAAACUGAUAUGCUUGAGCCAUUUUUUGUCAACCGACACUGUUUUUUGUUUAUCUCUAAAGAGCUGCAGUUGAAUGUCUUGGGUGUGUGUGAAAGUUUUUGUAGUGCUGUGUCAGCUUCUUGGCUGUUGCAAACAGUUUCAGACCAAUGUGUGAAUCUUGUACUGCAUGUUUUUCUUUUUUUCUGUCCUUGCUCUUGCUGAAGGUGAUGUUUUAUUAUUUCUCUGUUGAGUGACAUUCUGACGUGUCACUUCAAAUAAAAAUGAAAAAAAAAAAUAAAAGUCACUUGGAGAGCU